CUCUUAAACGAAGCUAAUAAAAGAGCAAAACAAUGACGAAGCUCUCUCUCUUGGCCUUUUUCUUAACUCUUUUGUUCCUUUCUUCUUCGGCUUUCGAAUCCGACGAGCUUCUCGUCGAUGACGAGGAGUUCGGCAUUGAAGGCGGGGCCCAGCCCGUCCAGCCUCAGGUCGCCAAGCCCCAAGAGCCGGCCGCCACUCGAUUCACUACCACCGCGACCAGGAAACGAUUUUCCGAUUCGGAUUCGGACUCCAAGAUCCAAUUCUCCCUUGAACAUGCUCUUGGUGACUCCGAUUUCGCACCUGCUGGUACUUUCUCUGCUCGCCUCAAGACUUCCAGCCACGGUGGCCAGACUCUAACAAAGCUGCGGUUUUCAAGAAAUCAGUUUUCAGAAGUGGAGAAGGAGAAAUUUGAAAAGCUAUUGCAAGAUGAUGACUUCUAUAGGAUAAGAUUACCAUCCAAUGCUUUGAGCCCUCCUGGUAGGGAUUACAUUAUUUCUUCUGUGAAGGCGAGAUGUCUUCCACGGGAAGGUUUGGAUGAGCUUUUCGUUAUACACAUGGAAGGUGUUAAUAUCUUGGCUGUUAAUUAUGGUUCCUUUGGGGCUUGCUCAUAUCCUCGUCAGUUGAAACUUCCUGCAAAGUGGUCUUUUAGCUCACACACAGUACUGAAGAAUGCUGAGCAGGCGCCAAGAGCUCCAAUAUUCACUGAAGAUAUACUUGGUGGGGAGAAUGCAGAGGGUGAAGUUCUGCCGCCACCUGAAAGGUCUUUCUGGGCCAAAUAUUGGAUGUACUUGAUUCCUCUUGGACUCAUAGUCAUGAAUGCUGUGACGCAAGCCAUGAAUAUGCCUGAAGAACAGGCUGCAGGUCAGUCAGGUGGCCAAGGACAGCAGCCAGCAGCUGCUGUUCCACGUGGGCCAAAUUCUGCCGUAAGAAGAAGAUAAGUUUGUUCACAUGUAUUAUUUCUGAUAUAACCGAUUGUUAGCCUGGGGGUAUGAAUGACCAAUAGAUGGGAUUAUAGUUUCAUUCAUGUGUUCUACAUGGCCUAGCGUUUUAUCACAUUUUCAAACAAAAUCGAAUGCCAUUAGCAAUUGUGUUCAAAACUUUCUCAAGAGCAAAGCUUUGGAAAAAUUUGCAGAA